GGCUCCAGCUUGUUUCCGGGUGGGGUUGGAUGCUCAAAGAUUGUGAGCAAUGAGCUAGUCUGGAAAGGAAGGAAAGGAGGAUCACAAAGUUACGGAGCAAGGAGACUCUGCCAGGAGAUGGACUGAGUCGUCUCCUGUGCAAGUGCCAACACUCUCUCUGGCAGGUUGGAUAGAAGCCUUCCCUACAUCCAGGGAAACCGCUGACACCGUCAUCUCCAUCCUCAUCCAGCAGAUCAUUCCCAGGUUUGGAACUUCCCGCCACCAUCAAGUCAGACAAUGGUCCAGCCUUCACUUCUGCAGUUGUUCAACUAGUCUCCAAAGGCCUGGCAUCACUUGGAGGCUCCACAUCCCACACCGGCCCCAAUCCUUGGGUAAGGUUGAGAGGGCUAACGGCAUUCUCAAGGAUCAUCUCACUAAACUUGCUGUUGAACUCAGGCUCUCCUGGCCCAUCUCCUUCCAUUGGCCCUCACCCAAAUUCAGGCAGUCCCCAGAGCCCCCUCAGGUCUGAGCCCCUUUGAGCUACUCUAUGGGUGCCCUUUCUUAAUCAGCCAGAGCUUUCCAGCCACUCCUCCUCCCCUUGUGUCCUACCUGCCCUAUCUGACACUUCUACUCAAACUCCUAAGGGAAUACGCAGACCGGUGCCCUCCUUGGUCAUCCAUUGCCUCAAAUCCAGCGCAACCACAAACCGGAUUGGACCCUCUUCAAGUGGGUGACACAGUCUUACUUUGAGAGCUGCAUCCUCAAUCAUUGAAACCUUGCUGGACGGGACCCCAUACAGUCAUACUUACUACCCCAAUGGUGGGCCAAGCUUUUGGGCCACUCCCCCGGGUACCAUGUCUCCUGCCUUAAAAAGGUGCCUGUUCCAAAUGUCCAGUCCUGGACUUCCAUCACGCUGGGGCCAACCAAACUCAAGAUUUCUCACUAACCCUCUUCUUCUUUUACUAAUUAUGAAUUUCUCUCAAGCUUCUAUCCCAACCCACAGAUGGCGCUUUUACAUCCUAGCGACAUGGCACCAGGAUGGCACCACCCGCUCUCAGUUUAUGGGUCAAGGCGAUUGCCCUUCCACUGGCUGCAAUCGAGCGGUCACCCUUAACAUUACUGGAUUCAACAGGGCCACCUCGUCCCACCUGUGUGCAGCAAUGCUAUGCUUCAUAUCAGACCAAACUGAGGAAUCUUGUAAGCGCUGGCCUGACACCUAUGGCGGGUGUCCUUAUAAUUCAUGCAAAAAACGCUUCCUAGAUAAGCCUUGCUAUGAGAAACGAGCACACACCAAGUUAACUAUUUGGGACCCAUGGGAUCCGAAAUGGGCUUCCGGUGUUGAUGGUAAAUUUUAUUCUUGGGGUUUUGCCCAGCUCCCCUCAGCCUCUAUCAGAAUCUGGAGAACUUAUGUACAAGUGUUCCCUCAAAUUCACAUAACCAUCCAGGGGCCAGAGAAGGAACUCCAAUACCAACUGGAUGCAGUUGCCCAUCCUAAAGCUGACCCUUUCUCAUGGAUGGUCCUAAUACGUCAGGGCCUUCAGCUCCUCAAUUUAUCCAAAGUUAGUAACAUUUCAGACUGUUUCCUCUGUGCAGGUUUGGAUCAUACUCCAUUGACUGCGAUUCCCAUUGAUCUUCCUCUCAAUACCUCAACCAUAUCCCAAGGGCCCCCCUGUCCAGCCUUUGAGGAAGUACCUCUUUUUCAUAACUCAUCAGGGAAUUUCCCCUGCUGCUACACUUCCUCUGGUUCGGCACCCUGUGACCAGAUCAUUCGGAUCUCUUCCCCAACCUUUGCUCCGCCGGGGUUCUUUUUCUGGUGCAAUGGUACCCUAACAAAAAAUCUAAGCCUCAACAUGCCUUUUGCUUUCUGUGUUCCUUCCACCUUGGUUCCAAAAUUAACUCUGUACACUGAGGCUGAAUUAACAUGGUAUGUCACCACCUCCCUUUCCAGGACAAGAAGGGUCGUCUUUCUACCAGUAGUAGUUGGACUCUCCCUGGCCUCCUCCCUUGCUGCCUCUGGACUGGGGGCAGGAGGACUUGGUUAUGCAGUAACCGUUACUCAGAAGCUUGAACAACAAUUUCGGGAAGCAGUAGAGGCAUCAGCCGCUUCUCUCGCUUCCCUACAAAGGCAAAUAACAUCUCUUGCCCAAGUUUCAUUACAGAACCUUCAAGCCCUAGAUCUCCUGACGGCAGACAAAGGAGGACCAUGUCUAUUCCUGAAAGAAGAAUGCUGCUACUAUAUCAAUGAAACUGGAUUGGUCGAAAAGAAUGUCGACACCCUCUAUCGUUUGGGUGAAAGACUUAAACAGCAACAAUCAAAUGACCCUUGGCCACGCUGGCUAAACUCUGCCCUCAUUUCAUGGCUGACUCCCAUUCUCACUCCUAUGUUAGUAAUAGGAUUUCUAUUAAUGAUUGCUCCCUGCAUCCUCAGGUUUGCCCGAAAGUGCAUGGAUGAGAUGGCCAGAGUUACCUACCAGCAGAUGCUCCUACACCCCUAUGGUCGCCUCCCUACCAAACUGACACCCAAGCCACACCUUUCCGCCCAGCGCCCCUAGCCAGCAGGAAGUAGCCAGAUGGAAUUCAGCGCCCUGUAUCAUCAAAAAGGCUGGGAUGUUAGGUUGGUUUGAGGUGGCUAAGGGAAAAAUGCACCAGGCAACCUGCGCAUGCGGAUGAACAACCCCUCAGGCGCCGACAGACAAGCAGUGAUAAACACCUGUCAAUCAGCAGGGUCUCCUGACCAAUCCUGGAAGGACAUGGAGCUCAGCAAGAUCCCUUGACCAACCCCAGGAGGACAAGGGACCCUAAAAAACCCUCCUUUUCCUGUCCCAAGCCCUCCCUUCCUGCCCUAAGCCUGAUGAAAUUCCAAUCUGGCUGAGCCUGGGUAUGACUCACCCAGACCCGCUUUGUUGGGCUGGAGGGUCUCGCCCAGGAGUGAAUCUCAAUAAAGCCUUAUCAGCAGCUUUUAA